AUGUCAUCCUCCGGGUGCAAGAGAUGCAAGGAGCGUAAAGUCCGAUGCAAUCGUGUUAUGCCACAGUGUGGUCGCUGUAAGCCAAAUGAUCUAGAAUGUGUGUAUCCCGUCCGGGUCAAGAGGAGGUCUGCGCGGCCGUUGAUCGACCCAGCCCUCUCGGCUGAGGGCUCCAAUGCUGCUCUGUCGACGAUCCUUGAUCGCUUGCAACGCCUUGAGGCACAGACUGUAGCUGGGUCUUCAUCCACCAACGGCCAAUCGAUACCAACACCCUCUGGCGAUGGCUCUGAGGUAUCCUCCUCGCCGGUGGCUUUUAGCACUACUGGUCAUGAGUCCAGUGCUCUGACGCCUCAUAACUCUGACCAUGAGAUGGAUGCCAUGACUGUUCUGAAGGAUGCAGUCGACCAAGUUCAGGAGCUAAGGAAGAGGUCGUUUGGCUCAACAGCCAUUACGAGUUCGAUAGACAUACCCACAGACUUGGCCAAGACUUGGGUUGCCAACUACUUUCAGCAUAUGCCUGCUUGUAUGUUCCUAGGCUUAUUGGACAGGCGAAUCAUCGACUUGAUUCCCGACAUCAUCAAUCUACCACACAUCCACGUUGAUCCGGUCAUUCUUGUCAUAUACUACAGCAUAAUGUAUCAUGGCUGCAGUCUGAAAGCGAGCAAUGUUACUUCGACCUCGAGUCUCGGAUACAUGAACUCGAGCUACCUGGGAUGUUUGCGUGCAGUACCCAGCUGGGAGCGAGAGGCAUCAGGAACCAUGACAGAUCUAAUCGCCGCUCUGUUUACAAGUCGCGUGGCUGCUGAGUUCUUCGAUUACGACCUUGCCUGGAAGAUGUUUAAACAUGCAUGCGAAUAUUGCCAGACUCUCAACCUUCACAAGCUGGACUCGGAUGAGAACAACACGUUUUUCAGCGAGGCCAAAUGCGAUAAUGAGAGGAGAGGGUUCUGGGAAGUCAUCCAGAUUGAUCUCUUCUACCGACUCAUCCUCAAUACCCCUCCAGUCAUCACCAACGACAUCUGGAAAGUCAAUCUACCAUGGCUGGACCCUAAUUCAGAUCCUCUACCGCAAGGCAUGCAGACGAUUGCGUUCUUGGCCAGUUCCAGAGUUAGUCUCGUAAUCGCUCGGUUCUUUGCUAUGCUCGAUGACCCAGAAAACACCACCAAGCCUGAGAUUGUAGCUAAGACGGAAGACCUUUGUUGCGAGAUGCAACAAAUCUUCGCUGAGUGGCAGCUGAUUGAAUGGCUGGAAGGUGCCCAAGAUAACGAACAAGAUAUCUGGGUGGUAGCCGAUGUCAUCUUGACAGGCUACACUUCCAUCAUCUACAUGUUUCGCAAGAUGGCUCUUCUCAACUCAACUUCUCCAAGACCCCCAACAACAGAUUUGGACAUCCCAGACUCUCCCAUAGUGGAAGACGCAGCUCGCCGUCUUAUCGCAGCUCUCAAUCGGUUAUUGGUGAUAUACCCUUACGGAGUAACAAUGACUGCAUUGUUCGGUGCAUAUAGAUGCUUCGUCGCGUUUGCUUAUCUUGCUAACACGAUACUGCGCGCUGAAGAUCCUCGCUCUUAUAUGGCAGAUAUCAAAGCACUUGAACGGCUAAGCGAUCAAUCUACCUUACUGUGUAGAGGGAAUAGGGAUGUUAUGCCAUUGGUAAAGGCUAUGCAGAGCAUCAAUGAGGAGAUACGGAAGAAAUUGGAGAAACAGGCUCCGAGGGGAUGA